CUCCCACCUUUACUGUUCUGAUAGGUAAUAUGUAUGUGAAUUUAAUGGCUAUGAAUGUUAACUUGAACCUCAGUAGUUGGAUGUCAACGUUAUAUAUCGAUCAUCGAUCAGUGAUAAAUUGGGCGUAUAUCAAUAGUUGCAAGAGAUAAGAAUUAAAAUAUUGUCAUGGAAAAAGGUGUAACAAUGUCGCCACCACCACCACCACCACCACCUGGUUUUAUCCCACCACCACCACCAUCUCAUUUUGUCCCACCACCGUCAUAUGAGCAACCACAAUUAAAUCCCAUUAUCAUAACCACUUCAAAUUUUGGUCCUGAACAACAGCAUGUAAUAUGUCCUUCUUGUCAUGCAAAUGUGAUCACAAUGAUUGAAAGGGAAGCAAACAUGAAAACUCACCUCUUCGCAUUAGGACUAUUUCUUUUAGGAUGCUGGUGUUGUAUUCCUUGCCCUUACUGCAUGGAUAGUUGUUUGGUAACGAAACAUUAUUGUCCUUCUUGUAGAUCGUAUUUAGGACAAAGUAAUAAUUAAUUCUACGGUAACAUUAUUAAAACCAUUUCCUUAUAUAUAUAUAUGUAAUAUACUAUAUAUUAUUCUGACUUUUUAUAAGGCAUAAACAAUAUUUUGCACAUUUAUUCUAUACAAUUACUUUCUUUUUAAAGUGUUCAUAAUCUUGAAAAUAAUCUUGACCAAAAAACAUAGAUUUUUUACAUAAGAUUGUAGACACUUAUUCCAACUUAAGUUAAUUGGUUAACAUAAUUUAAUUUUAAUGAUUAAAAAUUUGAAGUUGUCGAUAUAAUUUAUAGAAAGAUAACCUUUAAAUCAAUUUUGUAAUUGCAUUAGUAUCUCGUUUUAUACUUCUUAGCACUCAAUUGUAAAUUUAAACACUAUUUUAAAUAUGACUGCUAAACAAG